AUGAAGAUGGCUUCAUCGUCAGCUUCGUGGGUGAGUUAUCUGUGGCGAAUCAUCCUGGCCGUGCUGGCUCCUUCAACGGCCCUGCUGCCUUUUGGUGCGUGGGUUGCUUCGGUCUGGGGUUCUCCUGUCCUCGACCUACACGUCCAACCUCACUUCUCGGUUCAACAAAACGCGCCAAUACAGACGGGGAUCGCUUUCGAAAUUUCUACCACGUCAGGAUUCAACUGCUUCAACCCCAAUCUUCCUAAUGUCACCAUUUAUGCCACCGGAGGCACCAUCGCUGGCUCUGCAAGCUCGGCUGACCAGACCACGGGAUACCGGUCAGCUGCGUUGGGAGUGGAUUCUCUCAUUGAUGCAGUACCGCAACUGUGUAAUGUUGCCAAUGUGAGAGGCGUUCAAUUCGCCAACACAGACAGCAUAGACAUGAGCUCGGACAUGUUGAGGGUUUUGGCGAAGCAGAUUCAGGAUGACCUGGACAGUCCUCUUACUCAAGGUGCCGUUGUGACCCAUGGAACGGACACUCUGGAUGAGUCGGCCUUUUUUCUCGAUCUUACUAUCCAGAGCGACAAGCCCGUGGUUGUAACAGGCUCUAUGCGUCCAGCAACCGCCAUCAGCGCUGAUGGACCAAUGAAUCUUUUGUCAUCGGUGACAUUGGCAGCGACAGCGAGUGCUCGAGGCAGAGGAGUUAUGAUUGCUAUGAACGAUCGAAUUGGAUCUGCUCGUUUUACGACAAAAGUCAACGCCAACCAUUUGGAUGCCUUCCAAGCCCCUGAUAGUGGUUUGCUGGGAACAUUCGUCAAUGUCCAGCCAGUUUUUUUCUAUCCACCAUCACGACCUCUUGGCCACCAUCAUUUUGAUCUGCAGCCCAUUAAUAAUGGCCGCCGAUUUGGACGCUCUACUGCUGGAGCAGGAUCAUCAGCACUACCUCAGGUGGAUGUGCUCUACGCUUACCAGGAGCUCAGCGUGGGCAUGUUCCAGGCGGCCAUCGACCUUGGAGCGCAGGGCAUCGUCCUUGCGGGAAUGGGAGCCGGAUUCUGGACAUCCAAAGGUACCGAAGAGAUUCGACGUAUCGUCCGCGAGACCGACAUCCCCGUGAUAGUGAGCCGGAGACCGGAGGGAGGCUUCGUCGGACCCUGCGAGGCAGGAAUCGGCGCGGGGUUUUUGAAUCCGCAAAAGGCGAGGAUCCAACUCCAACUGGCCCUCGAGAACAAGAUGGACAAUGAUGCCAUCAGGGCCCUGUUUGAGCAUUCGGGAGUGCACUAA